AUGGCCUACGCAGCUCUUCAUGAGGGCCAAGAGCCCCACAACUUCGGGGGGGGCCCCCCAGGCUCUUCUUUAUCUUCUUUUUUGUCUAAGGGCCUCAACACUGCAGCAGCUUUAGGGGACUCUGGGGUUUCUACCCGUACCCACAGCCCCCUGGGCUCUUCAGCGGGCCCCAGGGGCCCCCACGAGGGGCCCCACGGGGGCCCCCCGGGGGGCCCCCACGGGGGCCCCCCCGGGGGCCCCCACGGCCCGGGGGGCCCCCUCGACUCGGGGGCCCCCAGCAGCAGCAAGUCUGUGCCCCAGGAGGCCCAGGGGGAAACUUCAGUGAGGACUGUCCGCAGCGACAGCCAAGAGGGUACUGAUUUGGGGCCCCCGGGGGCCCCCGGGGGCCCCGGGGCCCCCGGGGCCCCCGGGGGCCCCUACAAACCCAAAAAGCUCUUUUCCUUUGAAGACGCAGCGCAGCAGCGCAGCGGGGCCCCACACUCUGUCCCUGAAAGGGCCCUAAGGCUAGUAACUGCUUUGACGGCGGAAGGCUGGGAGUUGGCAGCAGAAAAGGGCAGGGGCAUUUUGCCGCUCCGCUGCUGCUGCUGCUGCUGCUGCUGCUGCUGCUGCUGCUGCUGCUGCUGCUGCUGCAGCUGCUGCUGCUGGAGUGCCCUUUGCCUGCCGCGACAGCUGGCGGCGCAGCCAGUUGGCUCUGGUGCGGCUGACAGCAGCAGCAAAAGAAACUGUGGGGCUCAGCAACCUCGUCCUCGGCAUGCAUGUCUUUGUCGCUUUGGCUUUCUUAUCUAUGGGGGGCCUCGCGCUGCUCUGCGGCCAGCGGCUCCCUGCUGGUUUGCUGCUGUCGGGGGCCCCCCUCUUUGCUGCUACCUGUGCCCUCUCGGAGGCCCUUCUUGCUGCAGCAAAGCAGCUGCUGUUCUCGCUGCUGCUGGAAGCAGAGCGCAGCGGGGCCCUUGGGGGCCCCCUGGAGGCCCCUCUGAGGCCCUCCUGGGUGGCUCUCGGGGAGCAGCAGCAGCAGCAGCAGCAGCAGCAGCAGCAGCAGCAGCAGCAGUACAGUCUGUGGCAGAAGGUGCUGCGCGUUUUUGGCCACGUGGACCCGUCGGCGUUGCUGCGCAAGGCCGUCAGCAGCAGCAGCAGCAGCAAUGCGGAAGCAGCAGCAAACCAGAACCAGCAGCAGCUGCUGCAGCGGCUCAGCUGCGAAGACGUCGAAGCAGCUCUUCCGCGGGACCUGCAGGAGCAGCGGGAGCAGCAGCAGCUGCAGCAGCUGCAGCAGCUGCAGCAGCUGGAGAGAAGCCCCGCGAGCCCGGCAGAGCCCGCGCUUUCUUCCAGCUGCAGCAGCAGCAGCAGCAGCAGCAGCAGCAGCAGCAGACGCUUCAACGGGGCACACGGCCACAGGGGGGCCCCCAGCGACAGCGAAGACCUCGAUGA